CCGACUGACGCGAGAAAUGUGCCGAACUCGUGCUGGUUUAAAGUGAAAGGGGAAAAAAGUUUAGGUUGGGUGACUGGGAUAACCCUAAGGUGCAGAGGAAUGAACCGCAUGACUGAAGCCGAUAAAAACCUCGACCCCAUUGUCAUACCAAGCAGACGACUCGCUGAGUUUUUACCCCUCAGUUUGAGGGAUGGCACUCGCUGCAGUCAGUGUUGUGAGAGGGGGACCGCAGCGACACGACUUUCUCUUCGUGUCAGCUGGAACUUUGGACGUCUGAGACGUUUAGGAGUGUGUCCAUCUUAUAGAUUUCUAAUUCAGUGAGUUUGUUGACAACUCUUGUUUAAGGAUGAUCGUUUGCCUUUAUUUAUCAAUGUGGAUGAAACUUUUUGACUCUCAUUCAUUCUAGUCCACUGUGUUGACAGGCACGCUUGGGCUGCUUGAGGGGUCGUCUCGGCACCAUUCCAUAGUAUACACGCGUGGAACUUUAAAAGAGCCGAUAUGCAACAGUGAUAUUCAGAUGGAGAAUUUUUUUUAUUGAAAACUGAAAAAUGUUUAGAGUAGACUUACAGCUGUUUUCUCUACACUUGAGAGACAUUUUUGCCAAGAAAAUGACAAAUAAGUUUCGAUUAAGGGAUACAUAAUUCAGUAUAUCUAGCAUGGUAAUUAGAAAUUAAGAAUCUAAGGAAGGAUUAACUGAUGAUACUGUGUAAAAUCUAGUAUAUCCAAGCACUUUGUUCUGAAUGACACCAUGUCGCAUGACAGACGUGAGCGAAGCCGUAAAAAAAUCAUGGUGAAUGCACCAGUGUUUCGAAGACUUUGGAUAUUUAUGGCACUGGGGAUGAUAAUCGCAGUCCUAGGACUGGUAACCAUUGUUGUCCAUUUCCUGAUCGGGAAUAUCACGUCGUCUUCGGAUUUGACAGAGAUCUUACCCAACUAUAUAACUGGUCUUGUGAUAUGUGCUGAUGGCAUGCUGAUUUCCAUUUUGUUUUGGAGGCGACAUAUAGUUUUGGUGUUUGUGGAAGUGGUGCUGUGUUUCGGAGUCGGUGCGUUUUGUGCUGCCCUAGCUGUGCUGACGGGGACCCACAUUCUCCAACCAAUCAGAAGUCUCCAGGACUGUAUCCAUGACGAUAACCGUAGAGUGUGUGCCUGUACCAGUAGUUACCGACGAAAUGCUCUCCUUUUGGAGUCAAGUACCGACCGAAGUCUCUACACAUUUGAUGGAACGAUCAGCUGUACAUCAAUUGAGGACAUCCUACCGAUCUUCCUGUAUGUACAGAUUGGACUCUUCGCCAUCGUCUUUAUCCUGUGUAUCACCACCAAAAUCCUGGCAUUUCUGGUACUGAGGCUGGAGAGGACCUCCCUGGCCACAUUACAGGAGGAGACUUACGAGGAGAUAUUUACAGUGAGUGGUAGCUCCUGCUCUGAUUUAACAAGUGAGGAUGAAGUCACAAUUCAAACAGGAUCAAACAUCAGCUCCGCACCAAAUUGUGUCAAUCCGGCAGUGAAAGGAUUCUCUGAUUCUAUUGGUCAAAAACACAAUGGAAUAUAUGCCCAGCCAGCAGGAAUACUAAAAAAUUUGGAUAGAACUGCUACCCCAUUAUCUGACUUUCCCGCAGCCAAUCGUUUAGUUAGGUCUAAGUCAUGUGACUCAAUUGACGAGAUUUAUGCUCGGAGCACAAAGGGACCAGGAAGUGACAAGCUUCCCGAGAAAGGUAAGGGGAAGUUAAAGGAACACAGGAGAAGGGAGAGAAGGGCCGUAACUCUACAUAAUCUCGACUCUAAACAGUUGAUGUCUGUAUUAAGUCUUCACAUGAGAUACCUUGAGGAAACAGAGACAUUGAAAUCCCAAAGUCAACUCCAUACACAGGCAGACAGUGUCCCGACAGAGGUCAAACGUAGAGCCAUAACUCCACAGCCGUAUCACCUAAAGUACGGACAGACAAGUACACUACCUCGCACUGUAAGGUCUCACACACCGCAGCCGAAUCAGAGGCUGACCGACAAACAGGAGAGCCAUUAUCGUAAUAUGAUGAAACAGUUGACAGACUCAUCUCAAGUGCUACAGAAAACACAGCAAAAUACAGCCAUACCUAUUGGCUCUCCUUCACAGCAGGCCAAAAAUUCAGCCAAUCAGUAUAAACCUUACAAAAAUAAUAUGGGUAUUUCACACUCGCUUCCAAAUCACAGACGUAAUGAAAUUGAAUCCAUAGGAAGUGAGUCUGUUGAUGCAAGUGAAAUUGACGAGGAUGUUAAUAUUAAACAAAUGCCAAAAUCGCGACCUUCUGUGAAAAAUUACUUCCUUCCUCCGCAACCUGUGCACAGGUCAAAGUCUUUAACCCCCCCACAACUACCAGAACUUCAGCACAGACCAGGGGUCAACAAAGGUCAACUUCCCCCUCAGCCAAUCAAACGUGGUGAAGACAAUAAUCUCCCGCGGGACCCUGUUCACCGGGGCUCAGCGUUUGAGGUAGUAGGACACUCAGGACAAGGCCAUGCUAUAAAUAGCUGUGGGAUUUCCAAUAACAGGAUUUAUUCGAGGCCAGGAGAUAUUCAAUGUGACAAAGUGAUAAGAGAGAACUUUCAGUUGUAUGAGAGUCCCUUCUUGUUAAAUAACAAUGGACUGAAAUCAUAUAUACAGCCAAACUUUACCUUAUCCAAUCACGCGGCCCGAAAUCUACCUCCACCUCCGUAUGCCCCGCCCCCAUCUUACAAACAUUUCAUGUCUCUAUCACAAGAUGGCUCCCUCAGUGACAUGGUUGAUGAUGAAAGCAUUGACGGUUCUCUAAAUAAUAAUCAAAAUGGUCGAGCCAAUAUCAAACCAACCGUUGCUAAUGGAAAUAAGUCGGAAGUGACAAUGUCUAGUGAUGAUGACGUGUUUCUGCCAGAGGACAAAGCAAUGUAUAGUCAGGUUGCUAAGCGACCAGUACAUCACCAAGGUGAAAAGAUAUCUCCUCACCAUCACUACCACACACCCCAUGCUCCCUACCUCCCGCCCCGCGACCACACCACUCCUCCUCGCGAUCCCAUGAAAAUUCCUCCUCGACAACCAUGUGACCCCAGAGUACCUCCUCUUCAGGAUAACAUUUACGCUAACUACAGUAUGUACCACAGGGUACCCCCACAGAAUUCAGUCUGGACACGAGCAGGAAAUUAUCCGAAUGUCCACAACUACGAGGAAAUUGAUGACCUAGAUGUGAAUAUGACAUAUUCGUAUGAUGAUAGUUCAUCGUGUGGCAUGUCUAGCCAAGCAUCACUGUUACCACAGGAACACAAACAAUGGUUACAUCCACAUCCGUUCACUGGAGGGGAACCAGAAGUUCUAGAAACAAUGAUAUAGUGACUACAUUGGUAACCGUCGGUUCUAGAAACAUCGAUAUAUUGAUUACAUCUGUACCCGUCGGUUCUAGAAACAAUGAUAUAGUGAUAACAUCUGUACCCGUCGGUUCUAGAAACAAUGAUAUAGUGAUUACAUCUGUACCCGUCGGUUCUAGAAACAUCGAUAUAGUGAUUACAUCUGUACCCGUCGGUUAUAGAAACAUCAAUAUAGUGAUUACAUCUGUAUCCAUCGGUUCUAGAAACAACGAUAUAGUGAUUACAUCUGUACCCGUCAGUUCUAGAAACAUCGAUAUCGUGAUUACAUCUGUACCCGUCGGUUAUAGAAACAGCGAUAUAGUGACUACAUCUGUACCCGUCGGUUAUAGAAACAACGAUAUAGUGACUACAUCUGUACCCGUCAGUUCUAGAAACAACGAUAUAUUGAUUACAUCUGUAACCGUCGGUUAUAGAAACAACGAUAUAGUGACUACAUCUGUACCCGUCAGUUCUAGAAACAACGAUAUAUUGAUUACAUCUGUAACCGUCGGUUAUAGAAACAACGAUAUAGUGACUACAUCUGUACCCGUCGGUUAUAGAAACAAUGAUAUAUUGACUACAUCAGUACCCGUCGGUUAUAGAAACAAUGAUAUAGUGAUUACAUCUGUACCCGUCGGUUCUAGAAACAACGAUAUAGUGAUUACAUCUGUACCCGUCGGUUCUAGAAACAAUGAUAUAGUGAUUACAUCUGUACCCGUCGGUUCUAGAAACAAUGAUAUAGUGAUUACAUCUGUACCCGUCUGUUCUAGAAACAACGAUAUAUUGAUUACAUCUGUACCCGUCGGUUCUAGAAACAACGAUAUAGUGACUACAUCUGUACCCGUCAGUUCUAGAAACAAUUGAUAUAUUGAUUACAUCUGUACCCGUCAGUUAUAGAAACAUCGAUAUAUUGAUUACAUCUGUACCCGUCGGUUAUAGAAACAAUGUAUAGUCAGGUUGCUAAGCGACCAGUACAUCACCAAGGCGAAAAGAUAUCUCCUCACCAUCACUACUAUAUAUAGGAACAAUUAUAUAGGUGAGGUUAUUCUCAGGCACCGUUGGAGAGUUAAAUUGAAGUCAUAGGGGAUUAUGUCCCAUAAUCUCUUCAAUGUAAGGCGGGGGCAACCAGAUGUCUUAAAGUGAAAGCACAAUAUUGUGUUUUAACUCCAUUACCCUUCACUUUCGGAAGGAAAACUAGACUUUUGGAAACUUUGAUAUAGGGGACAAGAUCCUUGCAUGAGUGAAACCAAAGAUAUGUGAAAGACAUGCUGGAAGGUAUGCUGAAAGACAGGUGAGAGAUAUGUGAAAUAUAUGUGGAAGAUAUGUGAAACAAAUUUAUCUCGCCACCCUUCAAUGGUGGAAAACCAGCAGUUCAGGAAAUCUGGUACAUGUACAUGUAUUUGGGGUUGUAUCCCACAAUUCCACACUGGAAACUAUGGUACAUGUGCUGAAAUCCCAGUCCUUUUGAGGGGAACUCCAGGCUCUGGAAACUGGAAAAAUAUAGUGUGAUCCUAGACUACUACCACGAUAAAACUGUGAUGACCAGUACUAUUUCUGAUUUAUAGCCAUAUCUAGUGGACGACCAUCAAAACAUUAAAAUGCUACAGCAGCGAUACAAAUUGUAUGUAAACGAUGAAAGAGUUGAAUGUUUUGUUUGUGUCGGAUGCCGUUCUUGCCUCAAGGUGUGUGAACAAUUUCUGUGUAUUGUUUCGAUUCUAUGUCGCAUGUUUUACACACAAACGCUUGCAUAUAAAAUGUGAAUUUUAAAAUUUUUGAUAUGGCAGUGGUAUAUGUACUGUAGUUUCCUCAGUACACAUACAACUAACGUAUAUUUUUUUUUUUAAAUUCAAAUUUUAUAUGCAAACACUUUUGGUUUUACAUUGGUGGAAAGGCUGCAGCUGCCUCAGAAGCCAAUAUUAUGUUACCGAAUUUUUUUUUUUUUUUUUUUUGUAACUUUUUUUCUCAUUAUGAUCUUUAAAAAGCUACAAAUAUUAACAACUGUGUUGCAUUACAAGUGACAAAGUAAGAUUUUGGUGCUGAGUAUGGUGCCAUAUUUAUCCUACAAUAACCCCACAGGUACAACACAUAAACUGCAACACAAAAGUCGGAUUUGGCCAUCAUCACCUCCCCAGGAUGGCAGUAUCCUCUUCAGAAUAUACUGGAUCACAAUCCUUGGUAAGUGAGGAUAAGGAUGGACUUUAGGGCUUCAAAUUGACGCUUGACCUUUAGCAGUUACAGAAGUCGAAUCACAAAUUCUCAGAAAUCUGAAGGGUCAAAAUAUGGACUUUAGGGCUUCUAAUUGACCCUUGACCUUUAGCAGUUAGAGAAGUCAAAUAACGAUCCCUCAGAAAUUGGAAGGUCAAAACAUUCGCUGAAUUAACAUGUAACAGAAUUCCAAGAGUCAAACCAUACUCGCAAGGGUCAACUGGAGAGUCAAAAACAUACUCUCAAGGGUCGACUGGAGAGUCAAAAACAUACUCACAAGGGUCGACUGGAGGGUCAAAAACAUACUCUCAAGGGUCGACUGGAGAGUCAAAAACAUACUCUCAAGGGUCGACUGGAGGGUCAAAAACAUACUCACAAGGGUCGACUGGAGAGUCAAAAACAUACUCUCAAGGGUCGACUGGAGAGUCAAAAACAUACUCACAAGGGUCGUCUGGAGAGUCAAAAACAUACAAGGGUCGACUGGAGAGUCAAAAACAUACUCUCAAGGGUCGACUGGAGGGUCAAAAACAUACUCACAAGGGUCGACUGGAGAGUCAAAAACAUACUCAUAAGGGUCGACUGGAGAGUCAAAAACAUACUCUCAAGGGUCGACUGGAGAGUCAAAAAAUACUCUCAAGGGUCGACUGGAGAGUCAAAAACAUACUCACAAGGGUUGACUGGAGAGUCAAAAACAUACUCUCAAUAGUCUACUGGAUACCCUGGGCUUGUGACAGGACAGUAAAAUUUCAUUAACUGUUUCUUUUAGUGAACAGCAAUAGGUGGGGUUAUUUGUGGAUAAAUAAGAUAGCUACAUUGUAUAUACUCAUUGAUUGUUCCCGCGUAUCAUGUCAAUACAUACACAUGUAAAGUUUGUAUAUAAGACCUAUGUAAAGCCAUAGAAAAUUAGUGUAUGUCGACACUUAAUAUGUUAACUAUGGAUUAUUGUUGAAAAUGUUUUAAAAUUUCAAAUGGUGCUUGUUUAUCAUGAAAAUGAAAAAAAAAACCUAUGAUUUAAAUCAUUGAUGUCAGUUUUUGUUUAUUGAUUGAAUUUCAUGUUGAAUUUAAAGAUUUUUUUUUCUUAUUCAGAUUUUUUAUCAUUAUCUUUUUUGAAGAUUUUCCCCUCUAUAUGAGCAUUUUUUGUUUCAGGUAAACAGUAUGUACUAUAUGUUGGUUUAGAAGUUGCAGAUUAGUUAUCUUACGACACAACCUUUGAUUUUUUUUUAGGAUUUUAUUUUAAAAUGUAGAUAUUUUAAGUUUAGUUUUUGUUACAUAUUUCAUACAUUAUACUACAAUUGAACAUUUCAUACAGUCUGUAUUUUCAUUUUGUUUUAAAAUUCUUGAUAUAAAACAUCACUUAGUAUUAUUGUAACAGUUAUCAUUUGAUUGGCCGCAAUAACAUUCUAUUAUAAUUUUUGAGGAGGGACAUUUACUAUAUUGAAAACCAUAUUCAUGCUUGUAAAAACACUGAUGUCAUCAGUUUUGUGGUUGGUGUUGAUUAUGAACUUAUACUAUCUUUUGAUGUCAAAGUGUCAUUUUAAACAAUAGUUAAUAAUGCAUUGUGUUUUACCUUGUUUAGCUAGUAAUAUAGGUUACAAGGAAAUAGGAGGUAGGGUAAGGUAAUGAUAGGUAUUCUUUAUAAGGAAGUUAAGAGGGACUUCUGAAUUAUAGGUAUCAACAAACUCGAUAGAUUACGACAUCCUGGUGUGAUGUGUUUAAUCAAAAGUAAAAUAUUUGGAUUGAAAAUAUAGAAGAAACAAUAGGUCUUUUCACCAGUAAAACGAAGCCGAAACAUUCGAAAUUGUAAUUCCAACUAAAACAUGAUAAAAUGACAGUAAAAUAUGAAACAAAAUUGUAAUUCUAACUCAAACACGAUAAAACGACGGUAAAAUACAAAACCAAAUUGUAAUUCUAACUCAAACACGAUAAAACGACGGUAAAAUAUGAACGUACCAUAUUUGUAUGGAGACCCUUGGUAAAGUACAAGGGAAAUAAGACCAGGUGUUCCAGUAGAGUAAGCGUCUUCUCCACUAAAAGGCAGUAAUAGUACCAAUAAUGUAUAGAAAUGUCCUCGUUUUUAUUUCCUCAAAAAUACACCUCGGACGUUAAUGAUUAUUAGAAGUAACUUUUUGUCAUGUGACAUGUCAUGUGGUAUACAAAUUGUGGCCAUGGUGUUACAAUGAUUACCUGCUAACAGGAGCAGAUAACUCUGUAUUACAAAAAGACAAAAUAUACAUGAAGUGAAAUUUUCUAAAGCAGAAACCUCAAAGAUACUAAACUCUCAUUCCUAAAGUAAGCAUAACGACAUUGCUGAAUUUAAAGAAGGAGAAUCUGAAUCCCAGUAUAUUACUGAUACACUAUGAGAUAUAGCUAUCAAUUAUACAAUGGAGAUAUGAAUUAAUGAUUAGUGCAUGUUAUUCGGUUGAUAUAUCAAAAAUCUCAUCCUGUUAGUCAAUAGGACUGAAAUUAUUUUGUUCAAUUUAAGAAUGAUAUUAAUGUAUAUAGAUUCUUCCUUUGAUAUCUGUUAAUUGGCCUGGAGUUUGAUUUAGAUUGAAAAGAGUCAUAAAAGCAUCACAUGUACAAAUAAGCAUUUUCGUUACUUUCAUUUUUUUAGCAACAUUUUCAUUUUAAUUUUUCAUUUUGUUUUUGUAAGAAAUUUUUUCCGGAGACCAAAUUUUACAUUCCUGAUCGUUUUUGGGACCAAGAUGUUGAUGUUAUUUUUCAGUAUUAAUGUAAUACUGUAUGUUUAAGUGUAAAACACUAGAAUUACACGUAUAUAUCACACAUACACGGUAAUGUUUACAGAUGUUUUCUUCAUCUAUUGAACGUUGCCUUAGUCCGAAAUUCACCUUGUCCCAACACCAGUGGAAACAUCUGGAAAUUCACCUUGUCCCAACAUCAGUGGAAACAUCUGGUUGGGGGACUAGAAGAAACCUAAGCUAAUAAUGAUCCUAGGAAUAUGAAUUGUACACAUUAAAAGAUUUUGAUAUUCUUCAGGUAUGUUGUAGAUUGUGUCAGCUUUAGGUUUCCAUGGAAACAGUAUUGUGUUAUCAUUUGUAUAUAUA